AUGGCUAAAACGAUAUUCACAACAAUCACACCACUCCCUCCCAACAUAUCCCGAAAAACGGUUCUCGAAACCCUCCACGAUCACCUCGAAAUGAUCGAUCUCAAUCCAUCCCACGUAGAGCGCACUCUCACCAAACCUCCUCCUUCUGCUACCCCGGAAGAAUACCAUUGCCAAUGGUAUCGCAUCGUCGACAAAGUAUCCUAUCUACCCGCCAAUCUCUACACCGGCACCGUAUCCUUCAACGCCUGUUUUCACAAUCUGGCCAACGGACUGCAAACACAUUGUUAUGCGCCCAUGGGACUAGACAUCAAGGAAAAAUGGACGAUAGGAGGAAACAUGCCUGGGGAACCAGCGGUCCCGAGAGAAAUAGGCAUCAAUGCGCCGGUGGAAGGAUUGUAUAUUAGAGAAGAUGUGGAAAUGAAGUGUAAUAUCCUGAUGACGAGAUUUGUGCGCAAAACAUUACAGGAAUGUUUGAAAGCGCUCGUUGCACGAUUGGUAGUAAAAGCACAAUUACAAGAAGCGCGUGAAAGGAACGACAGAUUAACAAUGCGAAAUGGAAGUGUCUAUGAAGGGGAAAACGACACGCUGACACCGCCGCUCAGCCCACCGUUGAGAAGUCCCGGAAUGGCAAGUGUAAGCAGUAUGGGUCGAAGGGGAAGUUCAUACAGCAAUUCGAGCGUGCCGACAAGUCCACCCUUAACUCCAUAUAAUCCUGAGAAAUGGGCUGAGGCGGGUAUGCAAGGUCAUCCCGCUUUACAUCCUUACACGCCUUUUCAAUUGCAGCAACAGCAGCAACAGCAGCAUUUAUAUCAGAUGCAACAUGAUAGGAAAAGUUACGGAGGACAAGAUCACAGAUGGUCCAACAUUAGCGAUAAAACGCAAGCCUCACUACCAGCACCAAAGUAUGCGAACAAACCCACCAAUUAUGCACACAAACCUAGCAUAAUCGCAGAAAUGGAAGCACCGCCCGGACCGGUCGAGCUACCAUAA